GCUAUAGUUAUGUGUAGAUGGCUUAAUUGAAUGUUUACUACAAACGGAUUCUUUAAAUAAAUAAUUAUGUAUGCACUCUGGCCACACAUCUAAAAGUCAGAUUUAAUUCGGACUAAAAUGUUAAAAUGUUUUAAUUUCGUUUUGAUCUUUAUACGAUAUCAAAACGUGCAUUUUUUGCAGGGACUUUAAAGACAUUGAAAAUGUAAUUUAUUUAUUUGCAGUUCUUUUUCUGGUUUGGAAAAAAAAACAAAAAAACAUUUGAAUAAUUAGUUGCAGAUUGUAGAAAAGAGACCUGAAUACAAGUCUGUAAUAUUUCAAAGUGACGUUGUACUGCAAUGCAGUUUUAAUCCUUAAACUUUGGACAACGCUGUUAACAUUAAUUGUACAAUUUAUCUUAAUUAAAAGAAAGCAUUUAUUUUGGAAACCAUAUUAAUUAAAAUGGACUAAAAGUAUAAAGCAGACAAGACUGAACUAAAAAAAUCUGCGCUUGACAGAUUAGAAUAAAGUGCUUUAAAGUGUAUGACAUUAUUAAAAUUGAUAUUUUGUAUAAAAACGGACUUAAAGUUUUGACAGUCAGUUCUUCUAAGAGUAGAUAAAAAUCAUCGUAGAAAAGAACAUUUUUAAUGCAGAAGACAAGGAAACAAAAACGUUGUGAUUAAAGUGAUAUUUAAGGAAUGAAAUGAACAGUAAAAAGUUGAACUUACACAACAUGGAAGUAUUUAACUUUGGACACUGGAUGCUUCGAUGGGCUGUUCUGAAUGCUGCAGUGUUUUUGCUGGGAUUAAUAGACUUGACCGUGGGGCACGGACGACUGUGGGAGCCGCCCUCAAGAUCCUCUAUGUGGCGGAGAGGUUAUAAUACAACUGUGAAUAUAAAUGAUAACGAACUGAGCUGCGGGGGUUUCACGAAUCAGUGGAUAUCAUACAGUGGACUAUGUGGCGUGUGUGGGGAUCCGUACCAGCAACAUCCACGAGAUAACGAAAUUGGCGGGAAAUAUGCUGCAGGAAUAAUCACGAGAACCUAUCCCAUUGGUGGAACAAUCGAUGUCGUAAUAGGCUUGACAGCCAAUCAUAUGGGAUAUUUCGAAUUCAAAAUUUGUCCCAUUCUUGAUCCGUCUGUUGGUGAAACACAAGCAUGUAUGGACAACCAUCAGCUGAAGAUAGUAAAUGGAGAAGACAAAGGUUACAAAUUCUACAUCCGGGAUCAAACUCUCGGGGGUCAUGUCAAGCUUACGCUGUUGUUGCCACGCAAUUUUCUCUGCAAACAUUGUGUACUACAGUGGAGAUACCGUACAGGGACACGCUGGGGUUGCGACCAAGACCUUCUAUGCGGAAAGGGCAAAGGUCCACAAGAGGAGUUUUACGGCUGCUCAGAUAUUUCCAUUGAAGACGUUUCCAGAACUAUAUACCACGAACCGGCUCCACAGACAGAUAGGAACAAAGCAAAACAAGGACUGAUCCAUCUAGGCGGUACCAAAACACAUACUGUCAUUUGGAGUAUCGAACCUACACCGGAGCCAAGUUAUCGAACCAGCAAAUAUACAGAUCCGACGGAAUAUGUCACGGAAACCCAAACACCAAGCCCAUUAAGCAUUAGACAUAAUAAGCAUAUGUCAACAUUGAGACAUUUCUUAGAAGAGCUUACGUUGAAUGCAUUGUACAGUUACUAUGGUAAAAAGGAAAAUUACCAACAUUUUCGGUGCGGUCCAACCAAAAGAUAUGAAAGGAAUCCAAUCGUUAAUGAAUUUUGCAGAAAAGUUUGUUCAUAUGAUACAUCUAUAUGCCCUGAUAUACUAUGCGCUUGUGUUAAGGACCCCGUGCAGGCCACUGAGAUGUAUUACAUCAAGCCGUCAAAGUCUUCACUAUUUAAUUCGGAAAGGCAUAAAUUAGACAGGAAUCAUUUGAAGAAGUUUGUAAGAAAACUGGUCGCAAGAAACAGACUUGUCGAGAAUGUUCCAACUAUUAAGCUGCGUAAACCGUUCAUAAAACGGACAGCUGUAAACAAAUCACAAACAAGCGAGUCUGUGAUACCUACACUUGGCAGAAUGGAAGUUGUUCACUCUUCCCCAAAGCGUGUUCCUAUUCUUCCAAGUUAUACCGGAUCGACAAAAGCCCUGCAAGAGCAUAACUUCAUAUCCAUGUUUGACGUUAAAAAUGCGGUAGCUGACUCUGAAAACGAUUUGCACAGAUUCAUGACAACAAAGGGUUUAGACUUUGAUCCAGAUAAAAUUGUACAUUUACAAUCACAACAAAUAAUUAAACCAAACAUAAUGAUAUGCACAGCAUCUGUAGCAUUCGCACACAAUCCUUUCAUGGCCAAAUGGUGUAAUACAAACUGCCCUUUUGGGUUUUGUCCACCUCGAGUUUGCUCAUGCAAUUAUUGAAAAUGGCUGGUACUGGUUUAACGUUGUUGGAACGACUGAAACCCAAUCUUAAAAUGCGAAAACCAAAAACAUUUGAACUUAUCCUUGUUUAUCUACUACCAAAGAUAUGUACAUGACAGACUUUAGACAAUGAUUAGUAUAUAUGGUAUGUAAAACAAGGUAACACUAUAACUGUGAUCAGGGUUUUAAUUAAAAAGAGGCCGAUGUGUACAUUUCUAAAGGCGAAGAGAAACAUGGAAAAACAAGCGCCAGUUCAUCCAAUUAAAACCAAAGACAGAAAAAGGAAGGAAAUAUUCAUACUUGGAAAAAGUAAACACAUCAGCGGUUAGCUAGCAGAUCAGUUUAUUGUUGAAAUUUCCAAGCUAACAAAUGACAUCUGUGCGCAAAGUUACAACCUAGCGCGUGUCACAAUAAUAUUAUGUUCUUGAAGCGAAUGCUCGAUGUGGGCUUCACUCUUUCAUACCAAUGUCUUUAUUUCAUAAUUAUUUAUAAUUUUAUUUUCAACUUUCAAAUAUUUAUUAUAAUAAUAAGUAACUUUGAUAAUCAAUCACAAAGUCCAAACACUGGAAAUAGAAUGAGAAAUAAACCUGCAUCUAAUCGACAUGCUUUUGCGACAAGAAUGUUAGAAAGAGGUUUCGUUUUUUUAUGCAAUACAGUUUGCUUUUGCUGGUUACUGUUGUAUUUCUGUAAUAUGUUGAAUGUUUUCAAGAGUUAUCCUAUCAGAGAAAUUCCUGAUUUUGCUCCUGCAACCAUUGUUAUAGUCAUAAUUAUUACAUAUCUUAUAUCAUAUUUGUUAUAUUUAUCUAUAAUUUGACUUUUGCCAGUUGUACAAAGGUCGUAAUUAAUGUUUACCCGGAAAAUUAUGUUAUAUUUUACUGUAACUGUUAAAUGCUAACACUAUGUUGUAAUACAUU